CUUCUUCGGUCUUCGCCUCCCCCUCUUCUUCCUCAACCUUUUUCCUUUUUACUGCUCUUUUGCUUUUCUCUUCUUCUUUCAACCUGAUUCUUUCCCUAAUUUCCUCGCUUUCUAUCGAGUUUGGGGCUGGACGUUGUUCGUGUCCCAGUUUACUCCAAUUCGAUUUUCCUCUUUUCCGAAGUAUCCCCAGGGCUUGAUCAUCAUUAUUACCUGGAGCUUCCAGUUUCCCUCCCAAUGGCUUCAGACUCAGCUCCCGCAGAUGGCACUGGUGUCAUCAAGCUCGAUCCAUGGCUGGAGCCGCACCGUGACGCUCUCAAACGUCGAUUUGAGUUCGUGGAGCAUUGGAUUAAGACCAUCAAUGAUCAUGAGGGUGGCUUGGAGAAGUUUAGCAGGGGCUAUGAGAAAUUCGGCCUCAAUGUCGCCGAUAACGGGGACAUCAUCUACAGGGAAUGGGCGCCCGGUGCAGUUGAGGCCCAAUUGGUUGGCGAUUUCAACAACUGGGACAUCAAGGCCAAUCCGAUGACACAAAAUGACUUUGGCAUCUGGGAGGUCACAGUACCGGCCAAGGAUGGCGCUCCCGCCAUUCCGCACGAGAGUAAGAUUAAGAUCACGAUGGUCACACGCGGUGGGGAACGCAUCUACCGUAUACCCGCCUGGAUCAAGCGCGUCGUACAAGAUCUGAACGUUUCGCCGACCUACGAGUCUGUUUUCUGGAACCCGCCCGAGGCAGAGCGGUAUCACUUCAAACACAAGCGUCCAACAAAGCCGGAGAGUCUGCGGAUCUACGAGGCUCACGUCGGUAUCUCCUCUCCGGAGACGAAGGUUGCGACCUACAAGGAAUUCACUAAGAACAUGCUUCCUCGUAUCAAGUACCUGGGCUACAAUGCUAUCCAGCUCAUGGCCAUCAUGGAGCAUGCAUAUUACGCCAGCUUUGGCUACCAGGUCAACAGCUUCUUCGCGGCGAGCAGUCGUUACGGUCCGCCGGAGGACUUGAAGGAACUGGUUGAUACGGCACACAGCAUGGGCCUGGUGGUGCUUCUCGAUGUGGUGCACAGCCACGCUUCCAAGAACGUGUCGGACGGUCUGAACAUGUUUGACGGCACAGACCACCUUUACUUCCACUCCGGAGGAAAGGGUCAGCAUGAUCUAUGGGACAGCCGACUGUUCAACUACGGGCACCAUGAAGUUCUACGCUUCCUUCUGAGCAAUCUACGUUUCUGGAUGGAGGAGUAUGGCUUUGACGGAUUCCGGUUCGAUGGUGUCACAAGCAUGCUCUACACACAUCACGGUAUUGGAACUGGUUUCUCCGGUGGUUACCAUGAGUACUUCGGGCCCGCCGUUGACGAUGAGGGUGUUAUGUACCUGACUCUUGCUAACGAGAUGCUCCACAAUAUCUAUCCCAACUGUAUCACUGUAGCGGAGGAUGUAUCUGGCAUGCCAGCCUUGUGCCUGCCUCACUCACUCGGUGGCGUGGGCUUUGACUACCGUCUGGCCAUGGCCAUUCCUGACAUGUACAUCAAAUGGCUCAAGGAGAAAUCCGACGACGAGUGGGACAUCGGCAGCCUGGCUUUCACCCUCACCAACCGCCGUCACGGCGAGAAAACCAUUGCCUAUGCCGAGAGCCACGACCAAGCUCUCGUUGGCGACAAGACUCUCAUGAUGUGGCUCUGCGACAAGGAGAUGUACACGCACAUGUCCAUUCUUACCGAGCUGACGCCGAUCAUCGAGCGCGGCAUGGCCCUCCACAAGCUCCUCCGCCUAGUCACCCACGCCCUAGGCGGCGAAGGGUACCUCAACUUCGAGGGUAACGAGUUCGGCCAUCCAGAAUGGCUCGACUUUCCGCGUGCUGGCAACAACAACUCGUUCUGGUACGCCCGCCGCCAGCUCAACCUGACCGAGGACCACCUCCUCCGUUACCAAUUCCUGAACGAGUUCGACCGCGCCAUGCAGCAUACCGAGGAGAAGUACGGCUGGCUGCACGCGCCGCAGGCGUACGUUAGCCUCAAGCACGAGGGCGACAAGGUUCUUGUCUUCGAGCGCGCCGGCCUUCUGUGGAUCUUUAACUUCCACCCCACCAACAGCUUCACGGACUACCGCGUCGGCGUCGAGCAAGCCGGCACCUACCGCAUUGUCCUCGACAGCGACGACAAGGUCUUUGGUGGCUUCGGGCGCAACGACAAGGAGACGCGCUUCUUUACGACUGACCUCGAGUGGAACGGUAGACGGAACUAUCUGCAGGUCUAUAUCCCGACACGGACAGCCUUGGUCCUUGCUCUGGAAGAAACUCUUUAAGAAACUAUUCCCUAUUUCCGAAUACACCUACCAUACAGGUCUUCGAUAUAAUACCUAUCUACUUAUCAGAAAUAUGCUCGUGUGAGUUUGAGGGCGAUAAUCACAUCAGUUUUGACCUUAGAUUUGUUCUGCAGUCUUUGAAUUCUGCUAGCGUCUUAAUGAAUCUUUUUACCCUGAUUGCGUAUCCCAUCUGUCCCUAGUACGUAUUCAUAAUGAGUUAACAGCAAAGAAACGGGAUAGAACGUCC